GGACCCAUAAUUUGAUACCACGGAGUUCUUCGCAAUUGGCUUCUUCCCUGAUUUGCUCACAACAUCAUCACAUCCUUCGAUCGGAACCCUAGAAAUUGUCAUCUCCGAUCCACGACCACCAAUGGCAGAGCCUCUCGACAUGAGCUUAGAUGAUAUCAUCAAGAACAACAAGAAAUCCGGUUCCUCAAACUUCAGAGCUCGUGGCGGAGCUUCUUCUGGACCAGGCCCUUCUCGCCGCUUUCGCAAUCGUGGUCUUAAUAGAGCAACGCCUUAUUCUACUUCCAAGGCGCCAGAGACGGCUUGGUCACACGACAUGUUUGUAGAUCACGGUGCGGCUUAUCCUUCACAUCCUCCACGGGCUUCUGCUAUUGAAACUGGCACCAAGCUUUAUGUUUCUAAUUUGGAUUAUGGUGUCUCCAAUGAAGAUAUCAAGGAGCUGUUUUCUGAGGUUGGUGAUCUCAAACGGUAUUCUAUCAAUUAUGAUAAAAGUGGGAGAUCGAAGGGAACAGCAGAAAUUCUUUUUUCACGACAAGCAGAUGCUCUUGCUGCUAUAAAGAGAUAUAACAAUGUUCAGCUAGAUGGGAAGCCCAUGAAGUUGGAGAUUGUUGGAACUAACAUCGUUACACCUGCUGUGCCUGCUCCUUCAAAUGCUAGUUUUGGGAAUCAUAAUGGAUUUCCGAGAGGUGGACGUGCAAUGGGUCGAAACCAAGGUGGUGGACGAGGACGUGGUCCUGGAAGAGGAGGGCGUGGACGUGGGAGUGGGAGUGGGAGUGGCAGAGGUCGUGGUGAGAAGUUAUCAGCCGAAGAUCUAGAUGCGGAUUUGGACAAGUACCAUGAAGAAGCGAUGCAGAUCAAUUAAAUCAUUUGGUGUCAUUUUCUGGGGCUUGAUAUUCCUAACUUCGUUAGGUGCUUGAUGAUAAAUGUGAUGAGGACAUGUUUUUCUAUUUUCUGAGUCAUAUCAUGAAGCCCUGACCUUGAGAGAAUUGCUAGACCUUGCUAGGAUGUGGAGUUUGGGCUUGAUUUGUUGUUUUGUUCCAGUAAACUAUUAAGAGAGGUGUUCAUAUAUGCUUGAUUUUGUAAUCUCCCAUUACCAACCUAUUUUAAUCUGCUUCAAUCCUAUUUAUUUUACACGAAAA